AUGCGACCUUGUCGCAACGUGGCCGCAGCGACAUUUAAUGGCGUCUCCGAGUACGUUGUUGUUCCGGAGUCUGGUUGCCUCAGAUGGCUACAGAUGGGUGGUUUGGUUUGGUUUGGUUUGGUAUCUUCGGAUCAAUCUGCUCUGUCUCAUAAUCCGUUUCAUCAAUGCAGUGGCAAAAGUAAAACUAAUAUGUCAUCUGAGAAAACAGCAUUACUAUCCAACAGUCAUGAUGAAAUACAAACAGACAUUGACAGGAAUGUAACCUAUGGUAGUCAUGGUAAUAGCACCACCCUCAACAACGAUGAGGGGGAAUAUUAUGGUAAUCAGGUGCUUGAGAGAUCGGGCGGCGAUAUCAAUCAGAUUAAUUUAUCCUGGGAAAAUAUCAAUAUAACUGUCCACAUGAAAAGCGAGAACAAGAAAUGUUGUCGUGGUGGCGGCAGCACAGGAACCAAACGUAUUUUAAAAAGUGUAAGUGGAAUGGUGAAGCCAGGCCGUCUGCUAGCUAUAAUGGGGGCAAGUGGGGCAGGAAAAUCAACACUAAUGAAUGUAUUAACUGGUAGAAAUAUCAACCAGUACCAAUUAGAAGGACAGAUUAAAAUUAACGGUAUUGAAGUUGGGCGUGGAAUAAAAAAUAUCUCCGCCUAUUGUCAACAAGAUGAACUAUUUAUUUCUACUCUAACUGUUAGAGAACAUCUUCAAUUUAGG